GAAGUGCUUCCGCUUCAUUCCUAUGUUGCUUCCUUUGAUUCAGCUGCUCGGCCUUGCUCGCUCUACUGCAGCGAUGGAUUCCGUCGCCGCACAUGCCGGUUGACGAGGAGGAGCUGCGGCGUGGUCGGAGAACUGACUGCAUCUACUACCUCGCCUCCCCGUUGACCUGCAAGAAGGUACACAACGAUGAUGAGGUCAGAGCCUUGUUUAAGCAAGUGCAAGGAGAAGUUCCUGGAUCUCCUAUAUUUAUUAUGAAAGUGGCAUCUCAGAGCCAACAUCUAGAGGUUCAAUUGCUCUGUAACAAGCAUGGCAACGUGGCAGCACUGGACAGUCGAGACUGUAGUGUUCAAAGAAGGCACCAAAAGAAGUUCUACAGCUUCAAGGAAUUACAACUUCAUUGGACGAUGUAGCAAAGUGCAAAAUGUUGCACGAGUUAUACAAAAUUUAAGUCUUAGGAUUUCCUCCAAUGCAAUCGUUUAUUUCUGUCAGUUAUACUUAUACUGUACUAAAUAGUUGAAUGUUGCAUUUCAAAUUCAAGAACAAACCUUUUCUUCCUGUAUUGAUAUAUGUGUCGGGACGUCGGCCUCUCUCUCCCUGAGCUAGCGCGCUGCCGAACGGCAGGGCCCGUCCAUUCGGUUUCGAUCUGAUCGGGGGCUUCCUUAUCCUUUGGCUUACGAUUCGAGGUGCGCUCGUGCGUGCGCACGAUUUCGUCUUGAUUUCUGGUGAGUGACUGAGAUCUGCUCUGCUCUGCUCGGUGCCGGAAAACUCAAGGUUCCAAUCGAGGUCAGUU